GCGCAUCCCCACGGCAAUGUCCAAGGGCUUGAAGAAGAAAAGCCACUGGACGAGCCGGGUCCACGAGAUCGUGAUAGUGAGGAACCAGGAGGGGCAGCUGGGCUUCGAGCUGAAGGGGGGCGCCGAGAACGGGCAGUUCCCCUACCUGGGCGAGGUGAAGCCCGGCAAGGUGGCCUAUGAGGGCGGCAGCAAGUUAGUGCCGGAGGAGCUGCUGCUGGAGGUGAACGAGACGCCCGUGGCCGGGCUCACCAUCAGGGAUGUGCUGGCCGUGAUCAAGCACUGCAAGGACCCCAUCCGCCUCAAGUGUGUCAAGCAAGGAGGCAUCGUUGAUAAGGACCUUCGUCACUACCUCAAUUUACGGUUCCAGAAAGGUUCGGUAGACCACGAGCUCCAGCAGAUUAUAAGAGACAACCUCUACCUCCGCACUGUGCCAUGCACCACAAGGCCACAUAAGGAGGGAGAAGUCCCUGGUGUGGACUAUAUUUUCAUCACAGUUGAAGAUUUUAUGGAAUUGGAGAAAAGUGGUGCUCUCUUAGAAAGUGGAACAUAUGAAGACAACUAUUACGGCACCCCAAAGCCUCCAGCAGAACCAGCUCCAUUACUGUUAAAUGUGACAGAUCAGAUCCUUCCAGGGGCCACUCCUGGCGCUGAAGGCAAGCGCAAAAGGAACAAGUCUGUGAGCAAUAUGGAGAAGACAAGUAUUGAACCACCAGAGGAGGAAGAGGAAGAAAGACCUGUAGUCAAUGGAGAUGACAUAACCGUAACACCAGAAUCAAGCGAACAUGAAGAAAAGAGUACAGGUGUCUCAGGGGAGGUAUCUUCCACCCAACCUUGUCCUGCACCAGGAUAUACUCAGCCUGAAGAAGCAAAGGAAGAAAUGGAUGUAACAAAGCAGACAAAACCUGAAGAGAGUGAUGAUUUGGGCCCAUUGCCCGAUAAUUGGGAAAUGGCUUAUACAGAAAAAGGAGAAGUCUACUUUAUUGACCAUAACACAAAGACAACAUCAUGGCUGGAUCCACGACUUGCGAAAAAGGCUAAACCUCCAGAAGAGUGCAAAGAAAAUGAGCUUCCAUAUGGCUGGGAGAAAAUUGAUGAUCCCAUUUAUGGCACUUAUUAUGUUGACCACAUAAAUAGAAGAACACAAUUUGAAAACCCUGUCCUAGAAGCAAAAAGGAAGCUACAGCAGCAUAACAUGCCCAACGCAGAACUUGGAACAAAGCCUAUGCAGGCCCAAGGUUUCCGAGAAAAACCACUCUUCACCCGUGAUGCAUCACAGCUGAAGGGGACUUUCCUCAGCACAACUCUUAAGAAAAGCAACAUGGGUUUUGGAUUUACCAUCAUUGGUGGGGAUGAGCCAGAUGAGUUUCUUCAGGUGAAGAGUGUAAUUCCUGAUGGGCCUGCAGCACAAGAUGGGAAAAUGGAAACAGGUGAUGUCAUUGUCUAUAUUAAUGAAGUUUGUGUCCUUGGACAUACCCACGCAGAUGUAGUGAAACUCUUCCAGUCUGUUCCUAUUGGUCAGAGUGUCAACUUGGUGCUAUGUCGUGGAUACCCUUUGCCCUUUGAUCCUGAAGAUCCUGCCAACAGCAUGGUGCCACCCCUUGCAGUAAUGGAGAGGCCUCCGGUAGUGGUAAAUGGAAGACAUAACUAUGAAACUUAUUUGGAAUACAUUUCUAGGACUUCUCAGUCUGUUCCAGACGUAACAGAUCGACCACCACACUCCUUGCACUCCAUUCCAGCAGAUAGUCAGCUUGAUAGCACAUUCCCACCACCUGCCCAUGAUGAUAAUGUAUCAAUGGCUUCUUCUGGGGCCACACAAGCUGAACUCAUGACCUUAACCAUUGUGAAAGGGGCCCAGGGCUUUGGCUUCACUAUAGCAGACAGUCCUACAGGACAGAGGGUGAAGCAAAUUCUAGACAUUCAGGGAUGUCCUGGUUUGUGUGAAGGUGACCUCAUUGUUGAGAUCAACCAGCAGAAUGUACAGAACCUGAGCCAUGCAGAAGUAGUGGAUAUACUUAAAGAAUGUCCUGUUGGAAGUGAAACUUCUUUGAUUAUCCAUAGAGGAGGUUUCUUUUCUCCAUGGAAAACUCCAAAACCUAUGAUGGAAAGAUGGGAGAAUCAAGGCAGCCCUCAAACAAGUUUGUCAGCUCCAGCUAUACCACAGAAUAUUCCCUAUCCACCCGCCCUUCACAGGAGUUCAUUUCCUGAUUCAACAGAGGCCUUUGAUCCACGAAAACCUGACCCGUAUGAGCUGUAUGAGAAAUCAAGAGCUAUUUAUGAAAGUAGGCAACAAGUGCUGCCCAGGACUGGUUUUCGAGUGGAUUCCUCUGGUCCCGAUUACAAGGAACUGGAUGUUCACCUUCGGAGGAUGGAGUCUGGCUUUGGCUUCCGAAUCCUGGGGGGAGAUGAACCUGGACAGCCUAUUCUGAUCGGAGCAGUGAUUGCAAUGGGCUCGGCAGACAGAGACGGUCGCCUCCAUCCCGGCGAUGAGCUGGUGUACGUAGACGGGAUUCCAGUGGCUGGAAAAACCCACCGAUACGUGAUUGAUCUUAUGCAUAACGCUGCCCGAAACGGGCAAGUGAACCUUACUGUGAGGAGAAAAGUGCUCUCUGCAGGAGAACCGUGCCCAGAGAAUGGCAGAAGCCCAGGCUCGGUGUCUACACACCACAGUUCUCCAAGAAGUGACUAUGCUACUUAUGCUAACAGUAAUCACGCUGUCUCUAGCAGUAAUGCUACACCCCCAGAGGGCUUUGCUUCUCACAGCCUCCAAACCAGCGAUGUUGUGAUCCACCGCAAGGAGAACGAAGGCUUUGGCUUUGUGAUCAUCAGCUCCUUGAACAGGCCUGAAUCGGGGUCCACGAUAACUGUCCCCCAUAAAAUAGGGCGGAUAAUUGAUGGAAGUCCCGCUGAUCGCUGUGCAAAACUUAAAGUCGGAGACCGGAUCUUAGCUGUGAAUGGCCAGUCUAUCAUUAACAUGCCUCACGCAGAUAUUGUGAAACUAAUUAAAGAUGCAGGUCUCAGCGUAACACUCCGCAUCAUCCCUCAGGAGGCGUCGCCGUCAGCAGAGCUGAGCAGCCCGGCCUCGGCGCCCGGCUCCGAGAAGCAGAGCCCGCUGGCGCAGCCGCACAGCCCCGGCGGGACGCAGAGCCCCGGCGGGACGCAGAGCCCCGGCGGGCCGCCGCCGCCGCCGCAGCCCCUGCAGCUCCAGGGACACGAGAACAGUUAUAGGUCAGAAGUAAAAGCAAGGCAGGAUGUGAAACCUGAUAUCCGGCAACCUCCGUUUACAGACUACAGGCAGUCUUCAACAGACUACAGGCAGCCGCCGCUGGACUACAGGCACCCUCCAGUGAUGGACUACCAGCAACCACCGCCUCUCGACUACAGGCAGCCGCCCUUGCUGGACUACAGGCAGCAUUCACCCGACACCAGGCAGUACCCUCUCUCGGACUACAGGCAGCCCCAGGACUUUGAUUAUUUCACAGUUGAUUUGGAGAAGGGAGCCAAAGGGUUUGGGUUCAGUAUUCGAGGAGGAAGAGAAUACAAAAUGGAUUUGUAUGUGCUGCGGUUAGCAGAAGAUGGACCAGCAAUAAGAAAUGGAAGGAUGAGGGUAGGAGAUCAAAUUAUUGAAAUCAAUGGAGAAAGCACAAGGGACAUGACACAUGCCAGAGCAAUAGAGCUAAUCAAGUCUGGUGGCAGGAGAGUGCGGCUGUUGUUGAAACGUGGAACAGGCCAGGUCCCAGAAUAUGACGAACCAAACGCCUGGAGUGCUCCCUCUGCCACCUCCCCAGGUCUGCCGGAAGUAGCUCUUUCCCUCGACGACAUAAUCUCACCAUUAUCUUCAUCACAUAUAGCCCCACCCUCUGACCCUUCUCACCAGAUAAGCCCGGAGCCAACAUGGGAUAUCAAGAGGGAACACGAUGUAAGAAAACCAAAGGAGCUUUCGGUGAACGGUCACAAAAAGAAAAGGUUAGGAGAGCAAAGAGAAAGGUCAGCAAGUCCUAAGAAGGUAGACAGGUCAAAGCAUGAAGAGGCUUCUUGGAAAGGAUAUGCGGAAGGCAAAAAUAAGACCACUGAUGGUGGCAGGCCCACCUCGGAAAGCAAAGCGGUGGGACAAAGCGGUAUGAUCGAGGCGGGCGCAAGAGAGCACGUGUGUGCUGGAACCAGUGAUGAACGGUUUGGGAGGCUGAGGAAGCCGGAUAGCAAGAGAGGAGGAUCUCUCAGCAAACAGGAAGAUCACAAAUCCGGAAAUACCAGUGAGAAGAAGUCAGCUGCAGCAUCUGACCACGUCAGGCUCGACACAGGUGCUGCCAAGACGUAUGGUAGCAACCGCUGCAGCUCGCCUGGAAACGAUACGGACCACAGCCAGAGGGACCCUGACGGGAAACCCAGCGAGUUCCCCAGGAAGGGACAUCUCCACUCCAUCAACGCGCGCAGCACCAACACCACAGUUCGAAAGGCAACUGUCUCCCCAGGACCAUGGAAAAUCCCUGGCUCUGACAAGCUACCUAGCGUUCUGAAGUCUGGUACUUCUGCCAUGAGCAGAUAAACCAGGGACUGUUGCCCUCUAACUGUCUCAGAUUGACGCAGAACAUUCUUCUUAGUUUUUGUCUCACAUUGAUUUAUUUUAAUUUAUUUUUAACUAUCACACAUAUACACAAAGCAUUGAGGAAUGARAACAUUAGUGUGUAAUUCCAUGACAAUGUGCACAGUAUCUAAUAAGUUCAAAAGCAUAUAGUCAACACGGAGAUUUAAAAUCGACCCUAAAGUCCCAGUUCCAUUUUAGGGACUUUGGCAGCUAUGGAAGAAACCAAAACAAAAAUGAAGGACAGUACAUCAGAGAAGGAUAGUGCAGUGUAGCUUUAGCAUUUUUUUCCACUGCAUGAAGGACUUGGAUUUCAUUCAAACUUUAUAUCAAGAAACUGGAACAAGUUAGAGCAAUCACAAACUGGAACAUCGCCUUAAAUAAAACUGCACGGAGCAAGCUGAAAUCGAGAAAGGAUCUUUUCAUGGAGCUAAAAUGUUGUAAAUAAAUUGUUCUCAACAUAUCUAGACAGGGGUUAAAGGGUUUCUUUGAAGCAUUUGGAACUGUACACCCAUGACAUGUCUCCACUGUUAACACUUUGAGAUAGUCCACAUGAUACCCAGUAGCGUAGGUCACUGGGAGCUACGGGAGGCGUUGGGAAUCCAGUGGAUUAGUUUCUGUGAUCCCAUUUCUACUGCCAUUUUUGUGAACAAACCAUAUUUCUGUACAUUGGAAAGGAGUUAGGGUGGAGUUGUAUUUGCAAAUUAUUCCGAAGAGCAAUUUACUACAGGUUCCCCGAGCAGCGCUGGGCCGCACGCCAACCCACUGGUCAGGCUCAAAUGCCGACACGUGCAAGGCCCUUACAGCGAAAGGAAGGUUGCUGAAGAGAAAAAGCUGCAGUUUCCUUAAGGAAAGGCCUUUCCCUCCUGCAGAAAAUGACAGCGUCACCACCUAUCAACAGUGCUAUGUUUCACACCCMUCUGUGUUUCGUUCGGGUACUUCUGCAUCCCCUUCCCUCGGUCUCGCAGAGCAGGCGCCUCUAAGGCACACGUUAACACUAAUUAGACUGGUUUCUGAAAUACAGUGUU